AUACGAAGCCUGUUGAUCCAUUCCGAGUUUUUUUACAACGAAAAUUUCUUGGACGGCAGAAAGUCGGCGGUUUGUUAAGCUGCUCUUCGGUUCCGAGUCGCGCUGUAUGACGUUAAACGACGAGGAGAAGAAAGGAUAUUUAUUGAUUUGCCUGAGUUUGGUUGUUUUGUGGUGCGGGAGUGAGAGUUAAUUCGGGAUAAGUUUGAAGCUGAUAAGGAGGAGACCAUGGACUGGGGAACCGAGCUGUGGGAUCAGAAUGACGUCAUUGAGAAACACACACAGUCAGGGCUGGAUCUGGUGGAUAAGUACAUUAAGUUCGUAAAGGAGCGCACAGAGAUCGAGCAAAGCUACGCCAAGCAGCUAAGGAAUCUCACAAAGAAGUACAGCCCUAAACGAGGCAGCAAGGAGGAGCAGGAAUGCAGGUUCUCAAACCACCAGGCUUUCCUGGACGUUCUUAACGAGAUGAAUGACUAUGCAGGACAGAGGGAGCUGGUUGCUGAGAACAUGAUGAUGAACAUCUGUAUUGAGCUCACCAAGUACCUGCAGGAGCUCAAACUGGAGCGCAAGGCGCAUCUUUCAGAUGCCAAAAAGGCUCAGCAGGCAUUGGAGAGCACCUAUAAGCAGCUCGACAGUAGUAAAAAGCGCUUCGAGAGGGAGUGGAAGGAGGCGGAAAAGGCGGCGCAGAACGCAGAGAAAACGGAUCAGGACAUCAAUGCUACAAAAGCAGAUGUGGAAAAGGCUAAACAGCAUGCUCAUAUGCGUACACACAUUGCAGAGGAGUGUAAGAACGACUAUGCUGCCCAGCUGCAGAAGUACAACAAGGAGCAGAACCAGUUCUACUUCACUGACAUGCCACAGAUAUUUAAUAAGUUGCAGGACAUGGAUGAGAGGCGUGUGCGGAAGCUAUCACAAGCCUACAUCCUGUUUGCUGAUACGGAAAGGCAAGUCAUGCCCAUCAUCGGGAAGUGCCUGGAGGGCAUCAUCAGAGCUGGCACCAAUGUUAACGAGAAGAAUGACUCUGUGGUUCUAAUAGAGCAGCACAAAUCAGGAUUUGAGCGACCUGGCGAUCUGGAGUUUGAGGACUACAGCCAGGGAAUCAACCGAGCCUCGUCUGACAGCAGCCUGGGCACACCUAAAGGCCCGCUGGAUCUGCUGGGCAAAAACAAGAGCAAACCUUUUUGGCUGUUCAGCAAGAAGAGCAAGCCCUCCUCCUCCUCCCCCUCCCCGCUCACGCCCUUCUCUACACCCCCUGCCCCCUCACCCGCUAACGGACCCCCGUCCCCCAAGUUUGCCCGGGAUCCCCUGUCCUACUGUUUGAAGGAGAUCAAUAAGACAGUCAAGCCACGAAUCUCGUCCUUCCGGACCCUCCGCAGAACGCCGGCUGCCACAGAGGAUUUCGGUCAUCUUCCCCCGGAGCAGAGGAGGAAACGUCUGCAACAGAAGAUCGAUGACAUCAGCAAGGAACUGCAGAAGGAACUAGACCAAAGCGAGGCUCUGGGGAAAAUGAAAGACGUUUAUGAGAAAAAUCCCCAGAUGGGUGAUCCUGCUAGUCUGGCACCGCAAAUCACCCAGACAACCCAUAACAUCGAAAAGCUCCGAGGGGAACUGAACAAAUACGAGUCAUGGCUCGCAGGAGCCGGAGGACGCGGAGACGCCACUCUUCGUUACUCCACUCACUCCCUAAACAACAACGGUGGCCACAAUGCAUACAGUCCUGAUGGAGCUCAUUCGGACGAGAGCACCCCCGACACCUCUCAGGCCAUCUACGCUGAGUUUGAUGAUGACUUUGAGGAAGAGGAGCUCUCUGCUCCUAUCGGCCAGUGCACAGCUCUCUACAACUUCCCAGGCUCGAGCGAGGGCACGAUCUCCAUGCAGGAGGGCGAGGUGUUGGCCGUCGUGGAGGAGGACAAAGGUGAUGGAUGGACACGAGUGAGGCGGAACAAUGGAGACGAAGGCUACAUCCCCACCUCCUACGCCACCAUUACACUCAAGUGACCCAGACGGUGGUGUCCCUGACGCGAGGAGCAACUCCCCAUCACCACGGCGUAUCAUUUGGCACAGAACACUGCAGAGAGAGAGAGAGAGAGAUAGAAACAUGCAAUGGAUCUGACAGAUUCCUGUCAGGUCAGCCAGAAAGAGCAUGAGAAUGUUGUUAGCGUUUUUUUGUUUUGUUUUUUUUUCCCCUUCCCCUCGGUCCCCUCCUUGUUCUCCUUCUCGUCGUCUAGACGUCUGAGCUGCAUUGAGCGUGUAUAUGCUUGGGACGCUUGUUGGGGUUUUGCUCGGCCUGGGAGACAUCAGCCGUCUGCCAUCAUCAGACAAAGACAAACCACAGGGGAGGAUGUUUGAGUGCUGUAGCUGAACAGGACGUACAAGACGCGUACAACACACAGUUUGCCAAGUGGAGAGAAUGGGAAUGAAAAAAGAGAGUGAAACGUAGUCUGGUGCUACAAGGAGGAGGAAAAUAAUUAACCGUAACACUUUUUGUUUCUGUCCUGAUCAGAAGUUAUUCCUUGGUCUUCAUGUGUAAACUUUGUUUUAAUGGACAAUGCACAGACCAACGAGCACCAAUCCUUCGCAAAUGCUUCGCCUGUAUGUGCGUUUAUAAUGGAACGAGUGUGUGUGUGUUGGACAGAGCAAGCUAUAUGAACCAGUUAAUACGGUUUAACAUUUCUGUUUUAGAAGUAUAAAAAUAUAUAUAUUUUUUUCCCUGAAAUCGAAACGCUACACAGUCUGCAGUACAAAACUUUUUUUUUUUAAGACAAUCACCAUAGACAGGUAUAUGUAGAAUUUACUGACUGCUUUUUAUAAACCCGAGCUACAUAUUCCACAAAUACGAUAAUGCUUUAGGAAGAUCGUAAUUUAUUGUUUGUGUGGUCGCACUUGCACAAGUUGUAUCUGUACACGCGCGCACACAUGCACAGAGAGAGCAAAAUCACAUAAACACAGUUUAUCAGCAAAGAAAACUAUAAAAAGACGUGCCACAAUUAAGACUUCCAUAUUUAUAUAUGUAUAAGAAUUUAUAUAUUUUAGAUAUCACAGCACCUCUUUUGUCUUAAUAGCUUUUUAUGUUUAAGGAAUAAAUAUUGUGUUGUCUCAGCUCAGGUCUGUACGCAGUAAUUAAAGGUGAACAAAAUGUUCUGAGUUGUUUUAGCUGCAUCUGUGAUGUUACAAGAGUUUUACAAAUCUCACGCACAUUUUGGAAAGUCAUGUUGUGUCUUUUCUCAAUUGUUUUGUCUCUGUUCCUCCAGGAGGGGAAACGCUUCAUCCUGUAGUUUCCUUUGAGUGGCUUGUUACAGGCUGCCUGAUGGUCAUGUGACUGAUCACAUGGAAAAAGGGAGUUUUUUUUUUUUUUUUUUUAAAUCCCCCUCCCACCUCCAGGAUGUGAACAACCAUGUGUCAGCCAUUACUACUUGUGUGAAACUUCCUGAGGUAGUCUUUACUGCCCUAAAAAUAAAUACAUUUAAAAAAUAA